AUGCUUAAACAAGUACGUCGUCGUACUUUCUCAAACUGGCCACAUCGAGAUUCGCCAUCUCGAGCACAAAUGAUCGAUGCUGGAUUUUUCAAUUGUAAUGUUGGCGAUCGAGUGAUCUGUGUCUAUUGUAACAUUAUUUGUCAACAAUGGACACCACAUGCAGAUGAUCCAUGCGAAAUACAUAAAACAUUAUCACCCAAGUGUCCUUAUGUAAUGGGAAAGUUAACACAACGCGAAACUACAUCUAUAUCGAUCCUGAAUGAAAAUUUCUCUAGUAACUGUUCAUCAGCAAAUGCUGCUGACGAUACAAUUCGUUCGAAUGAAAUUGUGGUUACAGUGGCUUGCCAUAGUGGUUUUAUAGAAAUACCGAAGCGGCAUGCAACAUUUGCUAAUUGGCCUAAAGAAACUUUACCUGCUGUAGAUGAUCUUGUUCGUGCUGGAUUCUUCUACACAGGCAAUAAAACGAUUGUUACUUGUUUUUAUUGCAAUGGAUCGCUUCAAAACUGGGGCGCAAAUGAUAAUCCAACGAUAGAGCAUGCGAGAUGGUUUCCUUACUGUGCCUAUGCCAAACAACUUUGUGGAGAUGAUCUCUAUCGAAAAAUUCAGGAAUCAAAACGAGCUGCACGAGAGCGCGCUCAAGCUAGUGAUCCGACGAAUAAUACGAAUCCGAGUACUCAAAAAUUACAAAUAACUAAUGAAAGUGCAUUGUCACGUUUUGUCGCUGCUCGUUUGGAUUUGCCAAUUUCUCAACGAUUGUUGGAUCAAAACUUUAAGUUAUCGAUAAUCAAACGAUGCUGGGAAGAUCAGUUACGACUGAAACAGGAUGAUUUUGAAACUGAUAGUGAUCUACUAAUGGCUUGUAUUAUUCUACAAAAGCAAAUAGAUCAUAUUAAUGGCAAAAAAGAAAAUAUCAUUGUACCAAGUAUACGAAUGAGACAAAUUUGUGAGAGUGAACAAGCUGAAGCACGUGCUGCUGCAUCUGCAUUGAUACCAUCUCCUGUGCGAUCGCUCGUGGCAGCGCCAUCGGAUAGUUCUAAUGUCGAAAUGAGUGUAACAUCACAAUCAUCAAACAUCGAAUCGAACUCCAAGGAUUGUACAACAACAGCAAAGUCAAAUCCUACAAUAACAUCUGCCGAGCCCAUGCAAACAAAUGCUACCACGUUAACAAAUCCUUGCGCAAUAUGCAUGAGUGAAGAGAAACGUCUCGCUUGUAUUCCAUGUGGACAUCUUGCUACAUGUGUCCCGUGUGGUCAUUCAUUACGAUCGUGUCCAAUAUGUCGACGAGAGAUAGAAGCAUUCGUUCGCGUUUACAUUUAA